AUGCCCGUACCUCUCGUGUCUCCGAUCGCACCUGAUGCGCGCGCCUGCUGUUCGUUUCGGUGUUACAGUCGGCCAUAACAUUAUAAUAUUAUAUUAUUAUACUUGAAAUUACAAGGACGCAUUAUAGGUAUAAUAUAUUAUUAUCGUUUCAACGUUUGUUCGCCGCCGACGCCGUCAUGAGGAGAUCGAUCGUCGUCGUCACCGCCGGCCGUGGGCUGACGAUACUGUGGGUAUUCGCGACGGUCCAAGUUAUGUGCCUAGCUGUCGAUGAAGAGUCUGCUGAGGUGUACAGAGCGAUCAAUGAGAAUAAGGUAGGGAUGGUAACACAAAUGAUCACCAACAAAGGACUCGAAAGAGCGUCGAGACAGUGGCACAUUUCACCGCUUAGAGCGGCUGACAUGAAUCCGACGACGGACGAUGGUGGUGAUGACGAUGUCACCGCCACCGCCGCUGAGGAACAGAAACAACACUGCCACCCACGUCCACGUCCGCAUGCACUUGCUAACGUAGCACUGGAAGUAGACAAUGCCAGAACAGGUGAACGGCCAAUAGAGAUGUCACAGGCUAAGGAGGACCUGCCAGUUUUUCGGAACGUCGAGAGUCCAUCCACGAACUAUGAUGGUCAAGAGUUCGGAGACUAUCCCCGCAGCUCGAAAUCGGUUUCCGAACGUCCGAGGGUCAGACGCGUCAAGUCUCAGAAGAAAAGGCUGGAAGACUAGUCCGGUGGUCGUGUCCCGGGUGUAAAUUCCUAUGACCAACAAGUGGUUAUCAUUAUACGGAAUAAUCCUAUAUGAUGUUUUAAUAUAUAAUUAUAAAACACAAAAUAAAUCAAUAAAAAAAAUACCCUUCACAACUACUUUGAUACCUAUCUAAUAUAAUAUAUAAUAUUUUAACUUAGAACUCGACUUACACAAUCAAUACAUCCAGUAUUGGGCUUAUCUAGAUAAAUAAUAAGUGAUUGUUAUACUGUAUAAUAUUAUAUAUUAUACGAAUAACAAUCUGUAAUAUAAUGCAUAUAAAUUAGUUUAUUUUGUCUGUGAAAAGUAAAAUACAAAAAUAAUAAUGAAACAAUAA